AUGGCAAAUCUUAUCCGUGAAGGCGGAUUUUCCUAUUUCAUCGAGCACACUAUUAAUGAUCGAAGAUAUAUUCAUUGCACUUUAAGAUUAUCAAAACGAUGCCCAGCCCGUGGAAUUAAGGAAGGUAACAAUCCAGUCAUAUUAACUCGUCCACAUCGACACGCAGUCAAUGCAGUAUGUGAAGUUCAAGAAAGAUUCAAAUCACAACUAGUAGAAGCCGCAAGACGUUCUUUUAUACCAUUAAAUCAAAUAUACAGUGAAAUCGCAACUUUAUACCCUGUAAAUAUAAGCACUGCUGUUCCUUUCGGAAUUAUUGGGCGUCAUAUGAAUAUUGCGCGUAGUAGAUUUGUUCCUGCAAUUAUUAACACGUAUGAUCAAUUAAGACAUACACUAUAUGACCCAAACUUCCGUCUUCUGAGACGUUAUGCUGAUGACAGUAUGAUUGAAGUUGUAAUUGUCAAUAACGACGCCAUUAUUUUAGGUGAUCCUAGAUUUAUCACUUCUUUUGAAUUCGACACAAUUUUUAUCAGUACGACAACGACCGUGAUUCCAGUGAUAAAUAACACACGUCUAUUGACGUACGUUGCUGCUCAGUACAACAACAAUAUAUUUCCAAUAAUAACUAUUCUGUGGUCCGAAAGAAACCAAAUUACUUCUACAGACGUUUUUAACGAAAUCCGUCGGGUAUUUAUAACUGGUGAUUUAGCGGUGAUUUAUGCAGACUUCGAUUUAAGACUUUGUGCUCAAAAUGCUUUUCCAAAUGCACAAGUAAUUGCAACAUACGACAGCUUUUGUCGUAUUAUUCAUCAAAAUGCUCAAAAUUUGGAUAUUAACAUUGGGAACAUUUCGAAUCGCGAAUUUAUUCAACAAGUCAUGAACAUCAUACUUCUACCUGCAGACGAAAUAGACAAUGCUUUUCUUGAGUUAGUUAAUCAUUUACAUCCCGUGGUACGUGAUGAACUCAAUCGACUCAUCAAUUACAUCAACAAUGUGUGGAUUCAAGAAAAUGUUAUGGAUUUAACAAGCUUAUUUAAUACUCCGAUGGGACUCACCCAGGUAGGAAAGAACAACUGGGCAAGGUUUGGACCAAGCCUUGGCCAAGCGUCACUAGGAUUAUGCAAGGCUUGGCACGUGCCUUAGCUGAGCAUUGGGCCAAGGAUUGGUCCAAGCCUUGGAUGAUAGCCAUGUCCCAAGCCUUGGGAAACAAAAUAUCAAGCCUCGGCCGAGUCUUGGGAAACGAAAAAUUGAGCCUUGGCCAAGGCUUGGGAAACAAAAAAUCAAGCCUCGGCCAAACCUCGGGAAGCAAAAAAUCUAAGGCUCACCCAAUGCUCGAUCUAAAAUGUUAUUAUUUAAAUUAAUAAAUAUAAUUAAAAAAAAGUUUGAUCACAGUUUUAUCGACAUUACAUUGAAUUGUAAUUAACUAAUUACUAAAUUAAUGGGAAAUAACGAAUAAAAUUAUUUGGGGGCUAUCGGGGUUCGAACUGAGAUCCUUCUGAUUACUAGGCCGGGACGCUAUCCA